AUGGGGAAAAGCCCAAAAAAGAGCAAGUUUGGACCUCUAAACGACGAAGACCGAAUUUUCACGAAUUUAUAUGGCCGACAUGACUGGAGUCUGAAAGGAGCCCUGAGGCGAGGUGACUGGUACAAAACCAAGGAAAUUCUCCUCAAAGGACCCGACUGGAUCAUCAGUGAGGUAAAGACGUCCGGCCUGAGGGGCCGAGGUGGGGCUGGAUUUCCCAGCGGUAUGAAGUGGAGCUUCAUGAAUAAACCAAGUGAUGGCAGGCCCAAGUACUUGGUGGUGAACGCAGACGAAGGCGAACCCGGCACCUGUAAAGACCGUGAGAUCAUGCGUCACGACCCGCACAAGUUGCUGGAGGGUUGCCUGAUUGCGGGGAGGGCUAUGGGCGCCAGGGCUGCGUACAUCUACAUUAGAGGGGAGUUCUACAAUGAGUCCUCCAAUGUUCAGAUGGCGAUCAACGAGGCCUACAAAGCCAAGCUCAUCGGGAGGAACGCGUGUAGCUCCGGGUACGACUUUGACGUGUUUGUCAUGCGGGGUGCCGGCGCUUACAUUUGCGGGGAAGAGACGGCGCUCAUCGAGUCGCUGGAGGGCAAACAAGGAAAGCCGCGACUCAAACCACCUUUUCCUGCAGACAUAGGAGUAUUUGGGUGCCCGACGACUGUUUCCAAUGUGGAGACGAUCGCCGUGGCACCUGCCAUAUGUCGCAGGGGCGGAGCUUGGUUCGCCAGCUUUGGCAGGGAGAGGAACUCUGGAACCAAGCUGUUCAACAUCUCGGGCCACGUGAACACACCUUGCACUGUGGAGGAAGAGAUGUCCAUCCCACUCAGGGAGCUGAUUGAAAGGCACGCAGGAGGAGUGAAGGGUGGCUGGGACAACCUACUAGGGGUGAUCCCCGGGGGUUCGUCCACUCCCAUCAUCCCCCGGCAUGUGUGCGAUGACGUGUUGAUGGAUUUCGAUGACCUCGUGCGGGCAGAAAGCGCCCUCGGCACAGCCGCUGUUAUCGUCAUGGAUCAGUCGACGGACGUGAUUCGAGCCAUCGCGCGUCUGAUCGAGUUCUACAAGCACGAAAGCUGCGGCCAGUGCACGCCUUGCAGAGAGGGCGUGGACUGGAUGAACGGAAUGAUGUGGAGAUUCGUGCGAGGCAAAGCUGCCAAUUCCGAAAUUGACAUGAUCUGGGAGCUGAGCAAGCAGAUAGAAGGACACACCAUUUGUGCUCUGGGGGACGGAGCCGCGUGGCCUGUGCAGGGACUGAUUCGCCAUUUUCGUCCAGAGAUGGAGGCACGCAUCGCUCAGCAUAACAAGAAAAAUGCUCCGAGGCAAACGGAAAUUGAGAUGAUCUGA